AUGGCGAAGAAGAAGAAGAAAGCUAUUUCUACACCUCAAAUUGUGCAACAAAAGGCUGCUCAUGAAGUUGUUGGCUCGGUUUUGAAGAAUUUGGGGAUUUCAAAUACCCCUUUUGUUCCUAGCCCAACUCAAGAGGGGGAUGAACUACUUACUCCGGCGCCGACUGUAGUUCAGUCAGCUGGUGGUGCUAUUUCCGGCAUUCCUGUGGAUGUUGAAGCUACUUCAGUUGCUAAAGCUUCUGCCAAAUCGAAGCAAUCCAAUGGAACAGUACCUAGGGUUUCGGGGGUUACUGUUCCAUUGGAUGCUGGUGGAUCUGGGCUUGGUGGUGCAACAGGACAUGUUGUAUUUCCUUCCUCAACCUCUCUGGAGCAUAUUGCGCAUGACAUUAAUGAAGAUCGAGCUGCUCCUCUUUCUGCCUUGGAGCUGAGCUCGCGCGAUUCUUCUGAAAACCGUGCUGCUUCCCCUAUUCUGGAGCAGAAGGGGACUCGUGCUUCAUCUUUUGCUGAGAAAUUGGCUGCUAAAGGAGCUACACUAUCCUUUAUUGCUCCGAAAGUGCAAGAUGGGAAGCUAAUUGCUGAGCUACAAGCAGCCGAGCUUGAGGAAGGUAAUCGAAAAUGGGCUAAUGCUCUUGUUUUUUAUGUGGUUGGCUUUUAUCCUACUAUUGAUGUUGUUCUUCGUUUCUUUGCUCAACAAUGGAAUGAUAUGCAAAAACCAGAUGUGUAUUGGCAUGAUGAUGGGUACUUUAUUAUCAAUAUGUGUUCUAGUGAUGAUAGAGAUACUAUUCUUUGUUCUGGUCCUCAUAUGUUCUUUGGAAAGCCUGCAAUAGUGAAGCCUUGGUGCCCUGAUUUUGAUUUUCAUGCUGAAAUACUUAGAACUAUUCCUCUUUGGGUUAAAUUCCCUAAUCUUCCACUUAAUUGUUGGGGAUCUCACACUCUUAGCCGCCUUGGUAGUUUGCUUGGAGUGCCAAUUUGUGCUGAUGAGUGUACUACUAGACAGCUUAGAGUGUCUUUUGCUAGGGUUCUAAUUGAAAUUGAUGUUACAAAGCCUUUACCAUCCUCUGUGUGGGUUGAGAGUCCUUUGAAGGAAUUAUUGGAGAUCAGGAUGGUGUAUGAGUGGGCUCCUUCUUUUUGCUCUAAGUGUAACAAGAUUGGUCAUGAUUGCUCUGUUAAGCCUCCUUUUCCUAAGCAGGCUUCUAAGCAACCGGCUCCUAUUCCUCCUAAGCAAAAGCAAGUUUGGGCUCCUAAGCCUACCCAUGAUCCUGCUCCUUCUGUUGCUGUUGAUGUUGGGGUUUCUGUUCAUUGUCAAUCUAUUAUUACUCCACAGGUUCAUACAACUAAGAAUUCAGAUGAGGGUUGGAGAAUAGUAGGGAGGAAAACAAAAAGCCAGCAAACUAGAGUUCAUCCUGCAAGGAGGUUACUUCACUCUCAUUCAGUUGAUGUUGUUGGUUUGCUUGAAACAAAAAUCAAGUUGAAAAAUGUUCUCACUUAUCAGAAGAAGUUUGGCUCUUCUUGGCUCUGGUUGUGUAAUUAUGAUCAUUCUCCCAAAGGGAGGAUUUGGCUUGGUUGGAAUGUGGAUAGAGUAACUGUUAAUGUCUUGAAGAUUCAUGAACAGUUCAUUCAAUGUACUGUUUCUUCUAAGGAUCUCUCUACUCAGAUUUUUCUCACUGUUGUCUAUGGUCUUCACUCCAUUCAUGAUAGGCUUUCUUUAUGGGAGGGGCUCAGAAGCAUUUCUAUACAGCAUUCUCCUUGGCUUUGUGUUGGUGAUUAUAACUCUAUUCUUCAUACUUCUGAUAGGCUUCAUGGUGUUGAUGUUACUGAUUAUGAGACUAGAGACUUUCAGAAUUUGGUUGAUGAUUUGGACCUCACUGAGCUCAAAAGAAAAGGGUCCUUCUACUCUUGGUCUAAUAAGGCUCAUACUGGCCUUAGAACGCUCUCUAGACUUGAUAGAGCCUUUGGUAAUCAAGCUUGGUUAGCUUCUCAUGGGCAUGUGGAGACUGUUUAUCUCCCUCCUUCUUUAUCUGAUCAUAGUCCUGUUUUUCUGGAUACUUUCUCUGGCCCUGUGGGGAAAGGUAGACCUUUCCGAUUUCUAAACUAUAUUGCGGAUCACCCUGAUUUUCUUGAUACUGUUUCGCAGGCUUGGGGCUCUGGUAAUUCUGUUUGGCAGAAGCUCAAUUCUGUAAAGUCUAGUAUCAAAUCUCUUACUAGCAAGCAGUUUGGAAACAUUGAGGAAAAGAUUGACCAGGCUAAUGAUGAGCUUUCUAGAAUUCAAACCUUAAUGGCUCAGAACCCUGAUGAUUUGGAUUUAUAUGCUAAAGAAUCUGAUGCUAUUAAGGUUGUUAAGCAUUGGAAUGAUAUUCAGGAAAGCAUCUUCAAGCAAAAAUCUAGGAUUAAUUGGGUUAAGCUUGGAGAUGGCAAUUCCCACUACUUCUUUUCUGUGAUGAAGACUAGGCAAGCAAGGAAUAUAAUUGAUUCUAUUUUUUAUUCUAAUCAGGUGUUGCUUAAGGAUCCAAAUGCUAUCUCUCAUGAAAUUAUCUCUUUCUAUAAGUCUCUUUUAGGGACUCAGGCUCCUUGGCUCCCUGUUGUUGACCUUAUUACUAUGCGGAGGGGUAAGCAGCUUAGUUCUGCUGCUCAGAGCUACCUCAUUAGGCCUAUCUCUCAUGCUGAAAUUGAUGCUGGCCUUAAGGGAAUUGAUAACACUAAAGCUCCUGGUAUUGAUGGCUUUAACUCCUAUUUCUUUAAGAGAGCUUGGCAUAUUGUGAAAGAUGAUAUUUAUGCUAGUGUUAUUAAUUUCUUUAAUAAUGGGAUUUUGCCUAGGCAAUGGAAUUGUACAACUAUUACUUUGGUCCCUAAAGUCCUUUCUGCUUCUCAUGUUAAGGAUUUUAGACCUAUAGCCUGUUGUACUGUGGUCUAUAAGCUCAUUUCUAAAGUCAUAACUGCUAGGCUUGCUGCUGUCAUUGGUGAGGUGAUUGAUGAUGCUCAGACAGGGUUCAUUCCUGGCAAGCACAUUGGUGACAAUAUUCUUCUUGCAACUGAAUUGAUCAAAGGAUAUGAUCACAAAUUUAUCUCUCCUAGGUGUAUGGUUAAGGUGGAUUUGAAGAAAGCCUAUGAUUCGGUUGAGUGGGGUUUCUUGAUCACUGUCAUGCAAGAGCUUGGUUUCCCUCAGAGAUUUUUUGAUUGGAUUUGGAAUUGUCUUACUUCUGUCUCUUAUUGUAUUCUUAUUAAUGGUUUUCCUGCCCCCCCCCCCCUUUGA